AUGGUUAAUUCAACAUACGGUGAACGCAGCCGGGUGUAUCUGUUUGGCACGGGAGGGACGAUUUCAUUCGUGGGGGAGAACCGCACCGAUUUCGCCAACUACAGCUACCGGGGGACGCAGCUUACGAUCCAGGAGAUGCUGGCGCGGGUUCCCGAAGCGGAGGAAGUGGCGGAUGUAGUUGCAGAGCAGGUGAUCAACGUUGGCAGCACGGAGGUGUAUCCGUCCGACUGGCUGACGCUGGCGCGACGCAUCAACGAGCGGAUGAGCGCGGACGGCGCCGCGUCCGGUGCUGCGGUAACCCACGGCACGGCAACGCUGGAAGAGACCGCGUAUUUCCUGAACCUGACGGUGCGCGACCGUAGGCCGGUGGUGGUUACGGGAGCGAUGCGUCCCCCGUCGGCGAUGGGCACGGACGCCGACAACAAUUUGCUGGAUGCGGUGCGCAUAGCAGCCGCGGAGCAGUCGGCGGGACGGGGCGCUCUGGUGGUUUUGAACAACGAGAUUCACUCGGCGCGUGACGUCACCAAGACGGACUCGUACCGCGUGGAGACGUUCCAGUCGGGACACAUGGGCUACCUGGGGUAUUCAGACUCCGACGGCCAGGUGGUUUAUUAUCGUCGUCCCGAGCGGAGGCACACCGCAGAUUCCGAGUUCGAUUUGGCUGGUAUCGACGAACUGCCGCGCGUUGAUAUCGCCUACGCCUACGCCGGCGCGGACGGCACCGUGAUCGAUGCCCUCACCGACGCGAAGGUGGGGGGAAUCGUGGCAGCCGGAUUGGGCAGCGGUGGUUCGCCGGCCCCGUUUAUGGCCGGAUUGCAAAGGGCGAUAGCAUCGGGUGUGCCGGUGGUCCUGUCGACGCAGGUUGGCACCGGCAGGGUGCUGCAAACCAGGCGGUUCAUGGAGCAGGGUUACAUCGUCGCGGACAAUCUGCACCCCAAGAAGGCGCGAAUCCUGCUGAUGCUGGGCUUGACACGGACCACUGAUCCUUCGGAGUUGCAGCGCAUGAUGCUGGAAUACUGA